AUGGCUUCACGACCUGCCAAACGGCAGCGCCGAGCCACCAUCGUCCUUUCAGACGACAGUGACGACGUUGAAUUACCCUCUCCCAACGUCUCUAAGCCGAGUCUUCAACGCGAGAUCACGCUCGAUGGGAGGACUUCCCAGACCGUGUCUCCAACCAAACCUACCAAGGGAAAGUCAAUUUCCAAGAGAGCAACGCCUAAAGCUUCACCCAAGUCCUCACCGGAAAAGACCAGAAAAAAGACCAGAUCCAAAACUGAGCCUGACCAGUCAAGGUCCCUACACAACUUCUUUGGCAAGGCCACUGAGGAACAGAGAUGGACGAGAAAAUCUGCAACUCCGGACCUUGAUCUGGAGAAUGGUGAACUGGGAGAUGCUAUCGAAGAUGACGAUCUCUCGGACGAGACGUUGCAAGACCUGAGGCCAAGGACGGAUAGAGCGAGUGCGACUUUGGACAGACAGAAACCUACCGUGCCAGCCAUUGCAAAUCUCAAAAACAUUAGCAAUGCAGGCAGUCUACCUUCCAGCCAACGAUUCGUUAGAACGACAGCUUCCAGACGAGGCAUCGCCAAUAUUGGAGACCAAGUCCACGUACCUAACCAAGACCGUCGUCCAUGGGCGGAUCGAUAUGGCCCCAAUAACUUGGAAGAGUUGGUCGUGCACAAGAAGAAGGUUGCUGAUGUUCAGAAUUGGUUACAAGGGAAGAUAAAUGGGAGUAACAGUCAAAAAAUACUCACCUUGAAAGGACCAGCCGGCAGUGGAAAAACCACCACCGUCUCAUUGCUUGCCAAAGCUAUGGGGCUGCAAAUGGUACAAUGGCACAACCCUACUGUUUCCGAGACAGGUGCCAGCAAUUCGAUUGCUCAUCAAUUCGACGAAUUUUUAAAUCGAGGCGGCUAUUUUGGCAGCCUUUCUUUCGAACACGACUCUCUGGACUCAGAAUGCGCCGACCAAGAUCCAGACCAUCGAGUCCUCGUCAUUGAAGAGUUUCCGGCGAACACCACGAGUAAUUCUACCACUCUUCAAUCCUUCAGAAAUGUCAUCUUGCAAUUCCUCGCACGAGCCAGGAUGGCGUCCUCAUCAACGUUUGGCGGUCAACGACUUCCCAAUGAUAGUGUUCCGCCAGUGGUCGUGAUUAUAUCAGAGACUCUUUUGUCCUCAUCGACUGCCUUUGCCGACGGCUUCACAGCUCACCGACUUCUUGGUGCUGAAAUCUUGAAUCAUCCUUUCGUCACGGUAAUGGAGUUCAAUCCGGUGGCGCCUACCUUUGUAACGAAGGCGUUGGACCUUGUCAUCAAAAAGGAGGCCAGGGAUUCCCGUAGACGACGGAUACCCGGCCCGGCGGUAAUUCAAAGACUAGUUGAGAUGGGCGAUGUCAGGAAUGCGGUCAACUCCCUCGAAUUUCUCUGUGUAAGAGGCGGUGAUGGUUCGGAAUGGUCUGGAACCGUCGCGGCUAAAACCAAAAAGACGUCAAGAGAUAAAGACAGUGUUCUGUUGACGGAAAUGGAGAAGAAUUCGCUGCAGCUCGUCAGCCAGCGCGAAACAACCCUAGACAUGUUUCAUGCUGCCGGCAGAAUAGUGUACAACAAACGCGAAGAUCCUCGCGUCCGGGAUACCAGAGCAGAACCACCACCUAAACCACCAGACCAUUUGAUGCAUCUGUAUACUCCGAAGACAUCGCAGGUAGAUAUCGAGGCCCUGCUUAGUGAGACAGGAACAGAUAUCCAGACUUUCAUCUCCACUCUCCACGAGAAUUACAUUCUGUCGUGUAACGGAGACCACUUCGAGGGCUCCUUUGAUGGAUGUUCGGAUAUCCUUUCAACAGCCGACAUCUUGAAUCCCGAGAACCGACCGCUUCGUCGUGGAAAUACAAAUCCAAAUGCGGGUGUCAUCCAAGCAAGGGUGCAGGCUGGGUCAUCAGAUACGCUGCGUCAAGAUGAAAUCGGCUUCCACGUCGCAACGAGAGGCCUUUUGUUCAAUCUGCCGUAUCCGGUAAAUCGAGCCAAUCCGCCUGGCGGGAAGCGAGGUGACAACUUCAAGAUGUUUUAUCCUGCGAGCUUGAGGCUGUGGAAGCCGACAGAGGAAAUGGAAAGUUUAAUCGAGAUGUUCGUCCAUGGUGACAGCAGUGCUAGAGCUGAUUUCAGAUCUGGGUCUGGCUCUGUCAUUCCGGGCGUGGACGGUGGUGUGGCCAGCUGGCGGACCAGAACCUUUACAGCAACUCGUAUCCCCACAAUUAAAUCGAAGUCGGGCACGGAAUUGGGAAAACAGGAUGGUAAUGACGAUGAUGACGACCACGAGCUUGCACCAUAUUCGCUCCCGAUUCACCACGCCAAGGACACACUGACGCUCGAGAUUCUCCCGUUUAUGACUCGGAUAUAUGCAGCGAAGGACCAUGAUAUUUCUAUCCUCGAACGUAUCACGAGGUUUAACCCGAGUGGGUUUAUUUCUUCUGCAGCUGGCGAAGAUGGAUUUGAGGAGGAUGAACACAACGACAACGACUCGGGUUCAGCCGCCGGAAUUGGAAUUGGGAGCAUUGGUACCGGCGUUGGACCUGUCCCUGCACCCACGCAGUUCAAGGCCUCGAGUUCAGGGUUGAGAAGAAAUACAAUGCCACGCCCAGGAGGCCAGCAAAAACAUGAUCCCUCUGCCGCAGCGCUUAAUGACGUGGCUGUCGAGAAAUUGUACAUCUCCGACGACGAUAUUGAGGACUACUGA